CUUUCUUCAACAAUUCCCCCUUUCUCUCCCUUUCUUCAACAAUUCUCCUUUCUUCCUAGAGCGCUAGCUAGCUAGCUCGAAAAAGGUUCUCAUCAUUCAGUUUUCUACUUUGAAUUCCCAUACAUAUUUCCUUCCUUCCAUAUAUCAUAUAUGGAAGAGGCAAGCGUGGUGAACAAGGAGGAAAUGGUGGAUCUGCCGCCGGGGUUCCGCUUCCACCCCACCGACGAAGAGAUCAUCACUCACUAUCUCACCGAGAAGGUCAAGGACGACGCCUUCGCCGCCGUCGCCGUGGGUGAAGCCGACCUCAACAAGUCCGAGCCCUGGGACCUCCCCAGCAAAGCGAAGAUGGGGGAGAAAGAGUGGUACUUCUUCUGCCAGAGGGACAAGAAGUACCCUACAGGGAUGAGGACGAAUCGCGCCACCGAGGCUGGCUACUGGAAGGCCACCGGAAAAGACAAGGAGAUCUUCCGAGGGAGAGGCUGUCUCGUCGGGAUGAAGAAGACGCUGGUUUUCUACCGCGGCAGAGCUCCCAAAGGAGACAAAACCAAUUGGGUCAUGCACGAAUACCGCCUCCACGGCAACUUCUCCUCCUUCCCCAAAGCUUCAAAGGACGAAUGGGUUGUGUGUAGAGUGUUCCACAAGAAUCCUGCGGCGGCGGCAGUCGGCGGUGGUGGUGGAGCGUGGAUGAAGAGAUCCUCUCCGAUGGAAGAGCUGUUGAGGGCGAAUUCUUUCGGCAACGACGAUUUCCUUUUGGACUCUUCCUUGUCGCUCCCGCCGUUGAUGGAUCUUCCCUACGGCCAUCACAACCACUUCGCCAAACCGACGUCAUCUGGAGCAGCAGCGGCUGCGUUGGGGGAAGCCAGUUCCAAUUCCAAUUCCAUUUAUGGGUUCGCUAAUAACUACCAUCUGUAUACUUUUCCGAAUCCGGCGGCGGGGUAUUUGCAAGGCGGCGGCGGAGGCGGACAGUGCAAGGUGGAGCAGUCGAUGGUCAGCCUUUCGCAAGACACGGGGCUGAGUACGGACAACAUGAGCGCGGCGCCGGAGAUAUCGUCGGCCGGAGGGAAGGGAUACGAUGGGUUUGAGGAUCCGACGUCGGCGGGAGGGACCACGUCAUCGGAGUUGGACUAUUUCUGGGAUAAUUACUGAUUGUGAUUUAUUCGGGUUCAUGAAUAUCAAUCUUGAUUCUUAGGCCCACCCACCAUGGGACUGUUUGAUUAAUCAGUUAAUUCAUCAUUAAGGGUGAUUAAAAUUAGGACAUUAAGAAAUUGGAGAAGGGGGGAAAGGGACAGUGAUUAAUUCUCUGUUUUUUUUUUUCUUUCUUUCUUCCUUUGCACUUACAACAUUUGAUUAGGUAGAAAUUUGGGGGUUUUUUUUUUUUAAUUUCUGUGUACAGAUUGUGGUGCUGUUACUGCUAGUGUUGUUACGAGCUCUAACCUUGUAUUUCAGAUGUAAAAAUCUGCUAAUUUUAUUGACUGAUAUACAUAGAGAUGAAGGAGAGAGCUAUGUGCCUAUAUCAGUAUAUAUACCAUUGUAAAACAUUCAUAUAAAAUAUAUAUGUGUCC